AUGCUUGUAACUGAAGGAGCAAUACAAGAAUUGGCUGAGCGCACUAAGAGAGCUAACAAUAUAAUAAUUUACGACGUACCAGAAUCAACCUCGGAUAAACCUUUACAAAGGCAGGAGCAUGAUAAAGAGGAGUGCAGGAAAAUAAUAACGUGUGUGAGCAAAAAAGUUAGCUGUGAUAAUGUGAAACUAUUUCGUCUUGGUAAGUUUCAAGCUGGGGCUCCUCCUCGUCCCAUUAAAGUAGUAAUGAAGUCUAAGAAUGAUGCUAUUGAGAUACUUCGUAACAAAACUAAACUGGAUAAACCGUCAAAUAUUAAAUCAGACCAAACUGCCAUGCAACGCGAGUACUUAAAAUACCUCUGUGAUGAAUUAGAGAAUCGUACUAAUAAUGGAGAACAAGGCUUGACUAUCAAGUAUAUACAAGGGCAGCCUAAAAUUAUCUGUAAACAGGAGAUAAAAAACUAG